GCAGGAGGUUACAUGGCAACCCACAGGAAGGGGGUUGCAGAAAGGAAAUGAGGACACUGCGGUUGCCUCAGGAGAAGCUGUGAGCCCCUGGGGAGCUGCAGAAGAGCAGGGCUGUGAGAUGGGAGACCCUGGAAGCAGCAUGGGGCUCACACAGCUGGGCACGGUGCUGCUGCUCCUGCUGCUCCCUGGCACCGUGCCUGGCCAGGACAGCUGUGAUGCGCUGCCUCGUGGGGAUGAGACCAAGCAGUGCUGCAACAUGGCAGUGGAGCAGAAGGAGCGUGGUGAUGGACAUGGCCUGACCGUGGAGCUGCCCCACCGGUGCAUGGAGCUGCGCCACUCGGGGCAGCCUGCCUGCCGCUGCCUGCGUGCACGCUGGCUCAGGAUGGUGCAGUUUGCAGAGCAGAGCAGCACGGCUGGGCUGCGGGCAUUGCACCUGAACAUCAGCAGGGACAAAGCACAAGAUCUGCUCCUCGCAUUCUCCCCUGCUGAGGGCCCCGCAGUGAUCAGCUCAGCAGCAGAAAGGACAGCAGGCACAAUCCGGCUCCCCAGCGGGGUGUUCCCAUCCCUGAGCAGCCAGGCAGUGCGUGUGGUGGUGACCGUGCUCAACAUCCAGCAGCUCGCCAUGUUCCAGGAGGACAACCAGAUGGGAAAGGUGCUGGAUGACACCGUGGUGGGCAUCGUGGUGGGGGACGGGGACAUCUCGGAGCUGCAGGACCCCGUGCAGCUCACCUUCACCUACCAGCUGCUGCCACACAAUGUCACCCCAAUAUGCGUCUUCUGGGAGCCCAGCAAAGGGCAGGCAGGAGGCUGGAGCAGCCACGGAUGUGUCACACAGCCCGGGGACAAGGAGACAGUCUGCGCCUGUGACCACCUCUCCUUCUUCACCCUCCUGCUGAACCCAUCUCUGGACAGGACCGUGGUGCAGACGUUGGUGGCUGUGGCCAAUGCUGGCUGUGGAGUGGCUGUGGCUUUCUCCAUCUUCACCUUUGCCUUCUACCUCUUCUUAAGGUGGGGCGUGCCAGCAGCUCCACAGACCCUGGAUGGGUUUGGGGAUGAAUGUGGAGCAACCCCAGGCUUUGGGAAAGGAGUACCCCUCUACCUUUCCACUGCUGUGACCCUCCCCAGUAUGUUGGUGCCCCCUCUGCCCCAUGCCCCCCUCCUUCCUGCUCCCUCCAGGUGCAAUUACAAGCAGUUCAGGUCUGAGGACACCCUUCGUGUCAACCUGGGGCUGCACAUGAACCUGGUCAGCAGCCUGCUCCUGCUCAACCUGGCCUUCCUGCUCAACAGUGGGCUCUCCAGCAGAGCCUCUCUGGGGCUGUGCAGCGCCCUGGGGGGGCUCACCCACUACUGCCUGCUCUGCUGCUUCACCUGGACGGCGCUGGAGGGCUGUCACCUCUACCUCCUCUUCGUAAAGGUCCUUGGCACCUACAUACACCACUACCUGCUGAAGCUGUGUGUUGUCGGAUGGGGCUUCCCUGCCCUGCUGGUGGUGGUGGCAGGAGCCGUUGGCAGCUAUGGAGAGUACAGCAUUGGGACAAUGGACCACCAGACCAUCAUCCACCUGUGCUGGAUCAAUUCUGAACACCUCCUUGUCCACUACAUCACAAACUGCGGCUACUUCGGCCUCAUCUUCCUCUUCAACACCGUCAUCUUUGGAGUAGUGGCCUGGAAGAACUGCCACCUGUGGAGGAGUGGGGUGAUGCAGGGGCCCUGCAAGGCCUGGAAGGUGGCCCUGUCAGCAUUGGGACUCUUCUGCCUGCUUGGAGCCACCUGGGCACUGUCCUUCCUCAGUUACAGCAGCUCCUCCGCACCUAUUCUCUUCCUUGCUGCUAUCCUCAACUCCCUCCAAGGUGUUUUCAUCUUCAUCUGGCUGGUUGUCCUUUACUACCCAAGGGCGGUAGAGACCAGCAGCUCCCUCUCCCACAUCGUGAGGAAUGACAGAACCAUGGCAGUGUCACAGGGAUAACUGCUGGCCUUUCUUUCCCUGCCUGCCAGCUUCCAGCCCAAAGGACAUGGCUUCCCAUGGGAGUGAGAGCUGUGUGGGCAGCUGGGCACCCUGACUGACCGGUGUGGCCCCUGCCCUCACCGAUCCCUCAGUUUACCCCUUGGUGGGUGUGAUCUGCCCUAGCUGCCAUUAGGCUCCCAAUGGCCAGCUUGGUCCAAGGGGCUUCAGACACCUCCCCCCAUUCCACAUGCCCUUGGAAGUCUCAUUCCCCAGUGUCUCCAGCUGCAUUCAGCCUGCGUGGAGACAACCCCUCACCCCCAGCAGAAGAGAGGGAACUGGGUACCAGAUCAGCCCAGGGAUGCACAACCAGCUGCACCCUGAGCUACACCAUCCCCUCACACUGUAUGUGAGUGUGUGCAUAUCAACUCACAGUCUCUCACACAGAACUGCUGUAUUGGCCCAUCCACGUCUGUGUUUUAGCAUUAAAACUCUGCUAGCUAG